AUGGACAAGAAAGAAAUCAAUUUGGACUCCGUUCUCGAGAGCUUGGGACCGUAUGGACGGUACAAUCUAUUGAAUUUCGUCCUUCUGCUCUUCCCAGUACUGUUAAGUAGUUUCUACGAGUGUGGUUUUAUAUUUGAGGCGCAAGAACAAGUCUAUCGAUGCAAAGUGGAUGGCUGUGAAAACACAUACAAUGACACAUCGUGGCUCAAAUUCGCUAUACCCAUAGAUAAAACCAGAGACAAACUAGACUCUUGCAAGAGAUACGCUCCCUAUGGCAGCGUACAACAAUGCGUACCAGAGGAAUUUAGUAAUAAGACGAUACCUUGUGAUACUUACGUAUAUGAGCUGGAUGGUUCUUUGGUGGAAGAGUUCGACCUAGGCUGUCAAGAAUGGAAGCGAGCCCUCGUGGGCACUGUCCACAAUAGUGGCAUGUUCGUGGCCAUGCUUUUCACUGGCAUCCUGUCAGAUCGCUUCGGAAGGAAGGCAGCGGUCGGCCUAGCAGCGACCGCCAGUUGCCUCUUUGGAAUCAUUCGAGCAUUUGCACCCAACUACACCGUUUAUAUGGCUAUGCAUUUCUUCGAAGCAGCCAUAGGUGGGGGAUUGUAUCCGUCAGCUUAUGUUUUGGCCGUUGAGCUGGUCGGCCUCAAACAGCGUGUGAUUGUCUCCGCUAUGUGCAACAUGGCCUUCGUGGUUGGGGUCGUCUUGCUAGCCCUCUUAGCGUGGUUCAUUAACAAUUGGAGGACGUACAUCCUCAUCCUGUACAGCCCGGCCAUCAUCGUCGGCUUAUACGUAUGGCUGAUGAACGAGAGCGCUAGAUGGCUGCUCAGCAAAGGCAGGAAAGACGAAGCGAUCAAAACCCUAAAACGGGCAGCCAAAAUCAACAAUAUGGACCCGGCUAAACUGGAUUUAGAUGCGUUAAGUAACCCCCUACUACGAACGGAGAGCACGCCGGAUCGGAAGUCACAGUUCUCGAAAGCGAUACGAUCGAGUAUAAUAUGGAAGCGUUUGGUGAUUUGCUCGUUUCUGUGGUUGACUUGCUCGCUGGUUUACUACGGGUUCUCGAUCAAUUCGGUUUCCCUAAGCGGAAACAGAUAUGUGAGUUUUAUGCUGGUGACAAUUGUGGAGAUACCGGCAUAUAUUGUGGUUGUGAUCGUGCUUGAUAAGUAUGGAAGGAAGAAGACGAUGCUGGUCAAUUACGCCACGUGUGCUGUAACUAGUUUGCUCUUCGCUUUCUUGCCUAAAGGUAACUGGUAUUCAAUAGUGUUGUACCUGAUCGGUAAAUGGAGUGUUACACUAACAUACAGUUCUGUAUACAUUUAUGUAUCCGAAGUUUUCCCCACAAAUAUGAGACAGAUGCUGCUCAGCGUAUGCUCUACUUCAGGGAGGAUUGGCUCUCUCAUAGCGCCGUUGACACCUUUAUUGUCCCUCUACCACAAAUCCAUGCCAACCGUGAUAUUUGGCGGCAUGUGCAUCAUAUGCACCAUGCUAGUCGUCUUGCUACCAGAAACCCGAAAUAUGCGUCUUCCAGACACGAUAGAAGAAGCAGAACAGUUAUCAAGGAAGAAGAAACCAUCUCUCACAGAAUUAAAGGGAAUUUGA